AUGGGCAACUCUUGCAGCUCGGGGCAAGCACACAAGGACAAGGAUAAUGUAUCACAACAUUCUGAAGAGUACACAAUAUCAUCUGGAGGCCGUGACAGGUCACCCUCGUACCGCGUCACGAAGCCAUCCAUCGAUGCCAGCGCAGACCCUCAGGCCAUGCCGGCGCACCAUCUACUCGAGCCCUCGUCCUCCAUGAAGGAGAAUAGGCCUCAGCUGAAGGGACCCAGGCCAAUUGGGUCUAGUGUUUCAGACUCGAUCUCCCUCUCCUCGCCGGUAGCAUGUACCUCCCCACGCGAGGACGUGCUCGGCCCUCCGAUGCCUAGUAACGUCUGCGCGUUGCCCGAGGAGCAUCGCUGCUGCUUGCUGGGCAAAGUGCCCGGGCUUAGGGCAAGGCGGCGGAAAGCUAUGCUGAUUUAUGUAUGUGCUGCUGAUUCUCAAGACUGUUGUGCGGAAAAAGGCGCGUUACAGUGCGGUGCGGCGGCGCGGCUCCGUGUCCGCGCGCGUCGCCGCGGCUGGCGGGUACACGUCGCCGACCUACACUGGCGCUCACCGCUCGAACAACAGCGCGACCACCGCUUCCCCGUCCUGUGUAUUGCUGAGCUGGCUCGUCAAUCGGAGCUGGGUGCAGUGGUCCCGGUGUUGUUCCUCAACUCUGGGCUGGGGACUCCGCUACUCCCCCACACGUUGGAGUGUGCGGACUUCAAGGCCGCGUUAGAAACCGCCGAGGACGAGAGCGAUAAGGCUCUGUUGAAUAAAUGGUACGUACUAGACGCGAGUACGACGCCGCCAUGCUACCGUUUAGUCCGCGGUGCGCCCGCUAGAUGGCGGCGCGAGAUGGCGCGCGCGCUCAACGUGCUCGUGCGCACACUGCCGCAGGAGGCCUGCGAUGCUUACCUCACUACUGUGGUUGAACAGGAGGUGCAGCACACAGUCCUAAUGAGCGUGGAGGCAGCGCGUCGCUGUGUGUGGGUGUGUCGCGCGGGUGGCGCCGCCGCUGAACAAACUGACACCGGCGACAGGGCGCACCAACAGGAACUGCAGCGGAGACUUAACAAUUUGCAGAAGGAUCUAAAGCAACACCUAAGUGAGCGCAAUGUGAUCCGCGCGACAAUGCGCGGUCGCGGCGGCGCGGACGACGACUACACUACCGGCGUCAGCGCCGCGCUCGGGGACAGACUCGACGCGCUACUUGAUGCACUCGUUACCGACCACGACCUGCCUGCAGGGUAUAAUGGGAUACCUACUAGUUUAUUCGACGAGGUGAACGAGCACCUGACGUUCUGCCAGAAGGCGGCGCAGUGCACCUCCAACAGAGAGAUCACGCUCAAUGAACUCAAAACGUACAUAACGGGUGACAGUACGGUCCCGCUAGCGCUGAUAGGUGGCGCUGGGUGUGGUAAGGCGACUCUUGUCGCUCGCGCCGUCACACAGGCGCACUCAUACCAACCCGACCUCGCUGUUAUUGUACGGUUCGUGGGUCUGACGCCUCAGUCGAGUAGUUCCCACAUGCUGCUGAAGUCCAUCGUGGACCAAUGCCACGUGCUGCUCACUGGCACCGUCUACCGGGGACGGAAUGACGUAUAUUCCCUGUCGGCGGCUCUCCCGGGUCUGCUGGGCGGCGUGGGGCGGUCCCGCGGCGCGCUGCUGUGCGUGGUGGGGGCGGACGCGCUGCGCGCCGCGCGCUGGCUGCCCGAGCGACUGCCGCAUAAUGUCAAGAUGAUCGUCACUGUCACUGAGGAAAAAGACGAGCCAUCAAGCUCGGCGAUAAUGGCGGUCCUAUCAUCUGAAGAUGGACCAAAAGUGGUGCGGGCCCCGCCGGUGGGGCCUGACGAGGCCAAGGCAGUGCUCACUGCAUGCGCCGCCACGUACAGCAAGACUGGGGCCGCCUCGCCACCUGAGGCCGCUGUGAAGGCCGUUCAAAAAUGCACCUUGCCUCUUUAUGCUAAGAUCCUUGCAUGGCAGAUCUCACUAUCAGCAGAGACCUUCACGGAACUGACAGAACCAGAGACAACACCAGAGCUGGUGAUUUGUGAGGACUUGGAAGGUCAACUGAUACAGAUCCUCAUCACCACUGAAGCGGCGCUGGGGGCAGAACGAGUGAAGACUUGUCUGGCGCUGCUCACUGCUUCCAGGCGGGGUCUGGAUGACACUGAGAUACUGGAUAUAUUGGCUCAUGAUGACCUGUUCCGGAGCGAGGAGACAUAUUUGCCGUGGGCGCCGGCGUCGCUAGUGUGGCCGCAGCUGGCGGCGCUGCUGUCGCCGUGGCUGCGGUGGGACGCGCGCGGCGCGGCGCGCUGGCGGGACGCCGCGCUGGCCGGGGCGGCCGCCGACAGGUACCUCGCCGACUGCGACACUGCCGUACGACGCACGCUCAUUGAUUACUACGAGGGUAAAUGGUAUUCGGAGAAUGACCCCAAGAUGGCGGGCCGUCUGGUGUCACAGGAGAACAAGUUCUCCGAGGAAUACUACAACACAAGGAAACUAGACGAGCUGCCGUUCCAACAUUACCACAUUUACAAAGACGACCCAACCACGUUCGCGAACCAACCAUAUUUCACCCAACUCGACUGGGUACAUGACAAACUGGCAGCGACCGACUGCUGCCAUUUCCUCGAAGACAUAGCUUUAGUCCACAUCGACCCACUACCAGAACACAUUGAAAUAUUAAAAGACGUAUUCGAAACUCACUCUUACGCGUUGGACUAUGACCAUCGCCAGUUCUACGGGCUUUUAAGAAUGACCAUGGAGAAGCGACAACGCAAUGGACACCAAAUAAAAAGUAAAAUCGUUCAAGAUUGGAUGAAAGAGAUCCAAGAGCCUCCCGUACCAACGUUGUAUCCUGAAAAUGUGGAUUUCUGGAAGACUAUGGAAUGUAAAGAAAAACGGGACUUUUCUAUGCACGAUGGAUUUGAUACGAAGACUUAUGAUUUGAUCGUGAGGUUCGAUAGUAGGGGUAAAUUUGUGGCUACUGUUUCGACUGAGAGAGAGGAGAUCUGCGUUUGGGAUGUUGUUAAGUGUCAGCUAGUAAGGAAGAUGGUGGGUGUGACACACCCUAUAAACUUGGUGCCAAUAGACGAGUACAAGUGCGUGGUGCUAUGUCGCAGGGAGCUCAGGGUCUACAACCUGGAUCAGGGCACAUUCUUGGUAGCUCUGAAGGGUGUGAUGAACCAGAAGAUGCCGUACUACGGUCUCCACGACCCGACGCAUCUCGUGGCACUCUCCAGGAACCGGAUGUACGUCAACCUAAUGAAUAUUGAGACUGGUGACUGUGUAACGACAUUUAAGGCUGGAGAAGACAGGUUCCUCAACUCUCUGCUGGUCUCUGGAGAUGGAAGGGUGCUAGUAUGUGGUGACGAGACGCAAAAGCCGUUCCCUCUGCUCGUCUGGUCGCUCACAUCUCGGAAACUGCUGUACGACCUGAGGAUACCACAUCACGACUUCAUCACUUCGAAAGCUGCUAUUACUUAUGAAGGUUCCUACGUAUGCGUAGUAUCUCGCGAGCUGGACGAGCCGAGCCCCAACUUCAUAGUAGUGUACGACCUACAGUCAGGGACAUUGUUCAAGAAGUGGAAGCCUGGAUGUGACACCGUGGCGCUCGCCAUCAGCUCCAUCGAUGGCUGCGUGGUCUCCGGACUGGCUGACACCAGGAUACUUGUGUGGGAUCUUGUUACUGGGAAUUGCCGGCUGACACUGCGCGGUCACGUGGCAGCGCCAUCUAUGUUACGUCUCGCGAAGUCCGGUGGAGUGCUCAUGUCCACUGACGAUACUUGCAAGGAUCUCUCUGUCAGGCUGUGGGAUCUGCAUACUGGCAAACUGAUAGCAGUAUACACACCACCGGAGCGAAUAACAUCGUGCGAGGUUUUACUCGGCGGUUCGGUCCUGGCCCUAGCGUUAGAAAACUACAAAGAGGUCCUAUGCGUCAAACUCUAUGGUCCCGCAGUAGAAUCUGUGCAAAAUGGCAAGGAGGCAGAAUUUGACGACAGGGAAUAUGGCGACCAAAACUUGGAAGGGCGGACUUUCGAUGUAAAAGGACUGGAAAACUCAUAG